CUCCUCCACACCAAAAACAUCCCUCCCUUUACCAACCACUCUCUCUUUUGUUUUCCAUCGUUACUACACAUAACGGUGUUACGAUCCAUAGCCAAUAUGGCUUAUCAUAAUCGUUUCUCAUUGCUCGUCGACACUGACGAUGUCGGGGAGUCGUCAAACUCCAACGUUCAACCUGCCAGCUCCUCGGCUGGCAACCAACUCGGCCACUGCUCCUCAGAGCAGCAAAGCCAUCAGCAGAGGCAGCAACUGCCUCAGGUCCUGGCAUAUGGUUCAGAUGAGCGUAAGAACACGAUCCCCUCCUCCCCCUCCCCCCAUCUGCCAAACCCCAAUGCCCACCCUCCCAACGUCCCCACUCCUAACAUUCCUUCUGCCUAUCACCCCCAUCCUGGUGCCUCCCAUCCUGGUGCCUCCCAUCCUGGUGCCUCCCAUCCUGGUGCCUCUCAUCCUGGUGCCUCCCGUCCCAGCGGCACCUAUUUUUUCUGUGGCGUAUGCCGCAUCCACUUCAGAACGAGGGAAGGUCUCCUGUCACACAUGAAGGGGAAUAAGGGGCUGCACCGCCAUUUUUGCAACCUCUGCUCGCGUGUGUUCGGGGAACGGGCCCUUCUCCAAAGCCACGUCAAGUCCACUCCGAACCAUCAGGCGCACUGUAACAUCUGUCUUUCUGCCUUCAAGGACAACCACGCUCUCAAAUGUCAUUUUGAGUGCCAGGCCAAAAAGAUGCAAGACCAUAGCUGGAUUUGCUAUCAGUGCCUCAUGGGGUUCGAGGACGAGCCGCGCCUCCAAAGGCACCUGGAGUACGGCACCGCGCACGUCUGGUGCAGGACGUGCGAGGUAAGGUUCCCGAGCCAGCGAGAGCGCGACGAGCAUUGGAAGGACCCGGCGACACCCCACCGUCACUGCCUGCAGCUUGGUUGCGAUUUUGACGCGCCCAACGAGAUCGAGCUGGAGGCCCAUUUGGAUGAGGUCCAUUUCCGGUGUCGAGGAUGCAAGCUGGUCGUCGACUCCAACUCCAAGCGUAGCCAGCACGAGCAGUUAUGUCCGACCCUCAAGGGUUUGCGUUGCCCGGUCUGCCUUGCGGUGUUCGGCACUGCAGAAGAGGUGGAAACACAUCAAAGGGCUCAAGGCUGCAGCCCGCCCGAUGCAAAGGGUUCUGCCUCCAAAGCGAUCAAGAGGACACCAGCGUUUCCUUCAGACGCUUCAGAUGUUGGCAGUGACUUCGGAAACCCUCCAGGUAAAACUGGAGGUACAACACUCUACUACCAGAGCCAGCGUGUCGUGACGUCCGAGAGGUCUCUUCCGGGCACCGCAGCCAUGAAGAUGCCUGAGCCUGUCCCGGGUCUUUCGUACACCAGGACAGUCCCCCGAAACUCCCAACCGCUCAUCGACAUGCACCCAGCGCCGAAGAACGUCUUGUCCAUCCGCGACGUCAAACGAAUCCGGGACAGGGUCGCAAGUACCGACGAAGUCAAGGCCGCCCAAAGGCAGCAAAUCAUCUCCCCCCAGCAGCAACCUCUGCCCCCACCGCCCCCGAUCCCGUACGCAUCCAAACCAUCCUUCGCCCCGAAAACCUCCAUCUACACCAUCCACCACCCCAAGACCGAGGAGCAGGGCGUUCAAAGUGGCCACCACGACCCCCUCCCUUCCCCCACAUCGCCCACCGAGCAGCCCAACGAGUGCCCCCUCUGCCACGCCACGCACGCAACCGCCACGCAGCUGAUCCAGCACCUCGAGAUCCCUUGCUGCGAGCUCCUCCUCUCCGGGCCGAGCCUAAACAUCCUGCUCGCGGCGCUCGGCGGUUGGUUCCACGCGACGACGUUCAUGGACGCCCGUACGCACGCGCAACUCCGCAGCCAGAGCAUCGACGUCGAGACGCUUCUGUCAAGGGUCAGUGAGGGAAUUGUAAAGCCAUUCGUGUGCCGGGCUAAUGGGUGUGGCAAGCAGUUUGCCGAGCUGAAGGGCCUAGUUUCGCAUCUUGAGGAGGAGAGGUCGUGUGGGUGGGAUGUUGAGAGGCUUCAGUUGGGCAAGCUCAUGUGGGAGCUAGACACCGCGUACUUGAGGAGUUUGAACGAGAAGAAGAUCGGUGAGACGGAUGUCAAGGGGAAGGGCAAGGCGAGGGAGGAUUCUCCGUUGAUCUUCUUGGACUAGGGUUCUUCGUGAGGGUGUGGAUAUGUCGAUACCUUUUGACAUGGCACCGACGCUACCUAAUCCCUUUCUCUCAGCGGGUGUGUAACGAUAAGUCAGGACGAGAAUGAAAAGAGAAGAGAAGUACGAUGAGACGGCCCUGGCAUUAGAGGAGACAUGCCCAGAUUUUUCGUACCUGUACACUAGCAAUUCAAUUCCCAAUUAAGAUCAAUGCAACAG